UCCAUCGCGACAUUGUGCAAAUGCGCAAUAUCACCUAACGUUGCUUGCACAUCCGUCAUCUCAUUUGCUUCAUCUCUCCGUUUCUCUAUUGAUGCCUGUCAUUUGAGUAUUCACUCACUUGACGGGGAAAAAAUCCCAAUAAAAAUGGCAUGAUGCGUCGGCGGUCGCGAUAAUGCCCCCGCUCAAACAAAACACGUUCUUGGUCUUGCCCAACGCCCCGCCAAAUCCCUUCACCCAUGGAGCGCCACCGCCGGUUGAUAGCCUGCCAGGGCAGCCUAUUAUGACCUCUAAACAGGCUCGAAAGAGUUACAAUGAGAGGACCAGAGGUCAGAAGCGGUCAAAGGCAGAGCAGCGCGAAUGGGAGCGCGCGGAGCAGGAGCGCAUCCGUAAAGAGUUGGAAAAGGAGCAGAAUGCCACCAAGGCCCGCGCCGCCAGGGAGAGGAAAAAGGCCAAAGACCAGGCCGUCCUAGAACAGAAGAAGAAGCAAGGUCUUCCACUGGUAAGCGUAAGGCCUAGCCAGGACACCAUUGCGAGGUUUGUCCGGAAGGGCAACAAGCGCGAGAGGGAACCGGAGCAGGUGGCGCCAGAGGCGAAGCAAGAUGAUGAGGGAGGUAUCCAUGAAGCGGGUGGUAAUUCAAAGUCCCCCAGUGGAACUCAUAAGCGACCGCGUCUGAGCAUCAUCGAGGAACUGGAUGUCGAGGAGGGUCAUGCUGAUCCCCCACCAAUCAGCCCAAGUAUUAGUAUUAAAAGGAUACCACAAUCGCCACCUAAAGCUCUGGGAUCCGGUUCCCAUUCAAAUCGACCAUUGAAAUCCCAGGAGGAUACUCCAACUACUAUUGCCGAGCCUGCAAUUAUUUCAGUGUCACCUCCACAGCAUACAUCACAAGCCCUAAAGAUCUCGAAGGAUCCUACUCGGGCGAGUGAAUCAGUGGUCGACACUGUUUCGCUGCUCGACGAUGGUAUCAACACUGCUAUGGAGGCUUCGGCCAACACGGAUAAGAUUGUGUCUCAAGACAAAUCGACUUUGCCGAAUAAAGCACACAUACCGAGUGUCGACAGGAUGCCUCAGGAGAAACCGUCAGUGCUUGGUCGGAUGGAUGAAACCACCGAGUAUUCAUCUCGCCCAGUACCACCUGCUGCUGCUGCUGUACCAAUCAAUAAAACGACAAGCGUGGCGCCCAAUCCGGGCCAUUCCGCAUUCUCUGACCGUGAAAAGUCCAGACCUUCCAAGCUGAAGUUCUCGACUGCUAGUAAUAUUAACCACAAGGCUUCUACUUCUACGUCCGCGCCUGUUCCCAAGGUCAAACAAACAUCGAUGGGACCGCCACCAGUUCCUUCAGCUCGGAAACCAUUAGUGCAAGUCCCUCGGGAUGCUGCCGUUAAGCAGUCACAAGCCUGCUCCAAGCCCGAACAUCCAAUCCCUAACCCCGUGGCUAAAGUUACGGCGGUCCCAUAUCCACAACCGCCAGCACAACCAGAGCCCAUGCCACCAAGCAGUACUCAGAAUUUUCUGGAAACUUACUUCCUGGAUAUGAUGCCGACUCCGUCUCAGGAAGAAAGGGAACUUUGUGGCGACGAAAAUACCAAGCCAGGACUCAUGGGUCCUCCCCCAAGGCCUAUGCCUCCUAACCUGAAUUCCAUGCAUUCUCGGUCGAGAUCCUUCCAGAGUCACAGUACUCCCAAAAUGCCCCCAAUCAAUGAUCGCAAUCCUAAAAACUCAAAGCAAAAAUUUGCCCCGCCCCCGGUGCCUCGCUGGAUACAUGGGCAUGGCCCACAACCGCGAGGAGGCCAGACAAGCGCGAGACCUACCGUCAACGCAAAUAGAUUAUCGAAUCAUCCCACGCCAGUCGUCAAAGCGCAACAGCCAGUUGUAACAGAUCUGAGCUUUCUCUCUACUCAGGACGUCAUGAUGUCAACGCAAGAUGUGUUGGAAGUCGAGGAGCCUACUAUUAGUGUCCCUAAAAAGGCCACCCAUACAGGAGCCCCAAAGUUCCUCAGGCAGCACACAUCGGUCAAGUCCGAUACUAAACAGACAUCCGCAUCCUUGAAUCCGAAGUCGGCCAUCGUAUCAAAAUCACUAGCCAAGAGCAAAGAAGCACCUUCUACUAGACCCUCGGCCUUAUUUUCUCAGUCCAGGGCAAGCCAACCACGAAGGGAUCCCAAAAUGAGCAUUGAGGACCUGUUUGAUUCACACGACCACAAAACUUCUCUGGCAAAGAACGUCGGACCUCGUAACUCGCAGUCCACAUCGGUCGCUCGCUCUCAAGAACCCACUGGCGCACUAGGUGGAAAACAUGUGCCAGAUCAGCCCAAUCUCCAGGAGCAAACCGCUCCUUCACAGUCUGCUCAACAGGACCCAUUUCCAAUUCCAUCGGCGGGGGCGGAUGACAACGCUCCUAGAGCUACCAGUGGCUCUACAGACUCGGAGGCCCCGGACUCGCAAGGGCGCCCACGGUACUUCACAUCCAGUUGCACCAACAUCCGCAUAGGACUGGCGACUUUAGAGAGCAUGCGAACUUUUGAGGCAGAGCAGCGCAAACGAGAAGAGCAGUCAAAAAAGCGAGAGGCCAGAGCCUUGCUUGCCAAGGAGAAGCAGCAGGCUGCGGGGCAACAGAGGCGCACAGAUACAGCGCUGCUGGCAGUGAAUUCUUUUAAUCCCGACCGAACAGCGACUGGCUUACACAGAGAUACAAAUACAAGCAUUCCUCAGUCGACAGGAGUGGCCGGACAACAAGAAGAGCUUGAUGAAUUUGCCAACGACCUGGUUUUUACCCUCAGUCAGGAGGAAAUCGAGAUCGGGGGAGGCGUUGCUCCUCUCAACAGCCAGACGUUGCGCAGGUUUUCGUCAGGACCGAGACCACCACUGGCAUCAACUCAGGAGACAGAUUAUGGUGAUCUUGACAUUGGCGAAAGUCUGGCUAUAUUGGAAGCCGAAAACUUAUAGUGAGGACGAUAUGAUGCCAUGACGAAUGACUCUGUAUUGAAUAAGAAUAGACAUAUACCCAGUUCUGAAUUUGAGCUAUUUUUACUGCAA